GUACUUCAGCCCUGGUGGUUUCAAAGGCACACGUGCUUGGAUCUAAGGUUUAUUACAAAUAAUUGUCUUUAAUAAAAUGGGCAAAAUCAAAGUCGAACGCACAGAUGAUGCAGAUGCUUCGAUUACAGUCAGCGGCGAUGUUACUGUAAAAGAGGAGGAGACGUACGACGACAAGCUGCUUUUCACCAACGCAGUUGCUAAGCCUAUGGCGAACAAAAAGCUGGCAAAGAAAUGUUACAAGUUGGUAAAAAAGGCAAUGAAACACAAGACUUACUUGCGGAACGGCCUUAAGGAUGUUCAAACACGCUUGCGCAAAGGCGAGACAGGCAUUUGUAUUUUUGCCGGCGAUGUAACUCCCGUGGAAAUUAUGUGCCAUCUGCCAGCCGUGUGUGAGGAGAAGGGCAUUCCUUAUACCUAUACGCCUAGUCGUGCUGAUCUGGGUGCCGCUAUGGGCGUUAAGCGCGGCACAGUGGCUUUAUUGGUCCGCCAGAAUGAGGAGUACAAAGAUCUGUACGAUGAGGUGAAGGAGGAGCUGGCUAAUCUAAUCGUGCCUCUCUAGCUGAGAUAUAUGCAACAUUCGUGCUGGUAAACAUUCACACCCGCAUUAUAAAUAUUGCUCAAAAAAAUACACCGAUAAUGCAUAUUUACAAAUUUGUGGGUGUAAAUACUGUGCCAGUGCGAUGAGCAAAGCAUUUACAAAUGUAACUACUUUAGUUAAGCUUUUACUUCGUUAAGUCAAAUGUACAAUAAAUAAUCAUUUCGAUUUUCUAUAAACCAAGUCUAAUAUGUGAUUCAAG